GCCCUUCGCAAUGGGGGGUAGACCUCUUGGGCCCUUUCCCAAUGGCCAAAGGAAAGCGCAAGUACAUAAUUGUAGCGGUUGACUACUUUACCAAGUGGAUCGAGGCGGAAGCACUAGCCUCAAUAACAACACAACAGGUAACGCGCUUCCUCAAAAGCCACAUCCUAUCCCGCUUCGGGAUCCCAAGUGCAUUCAUAUUCGACCAUGGAAAGCAAUUCGAUUGCGCGGAGGUGAUAGAAUUUUGCGACCAAGUGGGAGCCAUCGCAAGAUUCGCAUCAGUAGCUUACCCCCAAGCCAACGGCCAAGCGGAAGCGGCAAACAAAGCAAUCCUUCACGGCUUGCAUACGCGACUGGGCGACGCCAAAGGAAAUUGGGCGGACGAGCUCAACACGGUGCUAUGGGCGCACCGUACCACGUUCAAGGUGUCCACAGGAGAAACUCCCUUCGCGCUUACUUACGGAACCGACGCGGUGAUACCCAUGGAGAUAACAUCCCCAACCUACCGGAUCACGACAUAUGACGAAGCGGACAACGAUGAAGCACGCCUGCUGGACUUAGAGCUAGCACAAGAAAGACGAGAAUUGGCGGCCAUCAAGCUAGCUGCGACAAAAGAACAGGUGGCAAAGUACUACAACGCGAAGCUAGUCCCGCAUAAGCUAACCCUCGGAGACCAAGUGCUGCGAAGGAACUUCCGCCCCGACCCCAAGCAUGGGAAACUCGCUUCGACGUGGGAGGGCCCAUACCUGGUACGAGAAGUUGUCGGCGCCAACACCUUCAAGCUCAGUGAGUUAGGCGGCGCCAAGAUCCCAAGGACAUGGAAUGCGCAGAACCUCAGAAAAUACUACCAGUCCGCCUGAUGUGUACCUCGCCUGAUAUGUACAUUGUCCACAACGGCGCGUUGUCGCACGAGAAUAAUGAAAUACAAAGUUUGACAGAACAAACAAUAGCAAUAGUCAAGAACUAUUCGCGCCAACACAGUUCGAAAGAACAAAAAAUAGCAAUAGUCAUGAACUAUUCGCGCCCACUCAGUUCGAAAGAACAAAAAAUAGCAAUAGUCAUGAACUAUUCGCGCCCACUCAGUUCGACAGAACAAACAAUAGCAAUAGUCAUGAACUAUUCGCGCCCACUCAGAUCGACAGAACAAAAAAUAGGAAUAGUCAUGAACUAUUCGCGCCCACUCAGUUCGACAGAACAAACAAUAGCAAUAGUCAUGAACUAUUCGCGCGCGCACAGUUCAACAGAACAAAAAAUAGCAAUAGUCAUGAACUAUUCGCGCCCACUCAAUCACGACGGAACUAGUCUGCGCACGAUCGCAACCCGCACGAAAAGGUCGGCAAAGAGCAAUAUUCACAAAUCAAUCACGCAACUCACAGGAAACAAAUGAUAAAAGUACUUUGGAUUUCACGAAAUGGGAGCGAAAUUAUGCGAGCACGUGCGCGGCGCGACAUAAAGAAAAGAAAAAUGU